AUGCCCUCUAAUGGGAUCAGCAAGGCGCUGAAGCUCCAGUUCGGCCUGAUUAACCACCAGAGCCGCUACCUGACGGCCGAGGCCUUCGGCUUCAAGGUGAACGCCUCGGGCGCCAGCCUGAAGAAGAAGCAGAUCUGGACGCUGGAGCAGGACGAGCAGGACGCCCAGGUGGUCUUCCUGCGCUCGCACCUGGGCCGCUACCUGGCCUCCGACAAGGACGGCAAGGUGAGCUGUGACGCCGAGGCGCCCGGCGCCGACUGCCGCUUCCUGAUCGCGGCGCAGAGCGACGGCCGCUGGGCGCUGCAGUCCGAGCCGCACCUGCGCUACUUCGGCGGCUCGGCCGACUACCUGUCGUGCUUCGCGCAGGCCAUCGGGGAGACGGAGCUGUGGGCCGUGCACCUGGCCCUGCACCCCCAGGCCAGCCUGCUCAGCGUGGCCCGCAAGCGCUACGCGCACCUGUCGCCCGCCGAGAGCGAGAUCUCCGUGGACAGCAACAUCCCCUGGGGCGUCGACUCCCUGGUCACGCUGCUCUACGCCGAGGGCAAGUACUGCCUGAAGACCUGCGACAGCCGCUUCCUGUGCGCCGACGGCAAGCUGGUGAAGGAGAGCACGCCGCGCACCUGUUUCACCCUGGAGCUCAAGUCCGGCAAGCUGGCCUUCAAGGACUUUGAGGGGAAGUACCUGACACCCAUGGGGCCCACGGGCACGCUGCGCUCGGGCCGCUGCUCCAAGCCGGGCAAGGACGAGCUGUUCGACCUGGAGGAGAGCCACCCGCAGGUGGUCUUCCAGGCCGUCAACAACCGCUUCGUCUCCAUGCGCCAGGGCGUGAGCAUAUCAGCAAACCAGGAUGUGGAAACGGACAUGGAGACAUUUCAGAUGGAGAUCGACAAAGAGAGCAAGAAGUGCAUGUUCAGGACCAACGGCGGAAAAUUCUGGACGCUGGUGUCACAUGGAGAAAUCCAGUCCAACGCCACAGAGAUAGAAGCCAACGCCAUGUUUGAUAUUCAGUGGCUCGGUCGGCGUGUGGCUUUAAAAGCCAAUAAUGGCAAGUUUGUCUGCACCAAGAAGAAUGGACAGCUUGCAGCCGUCAGCGACACAGUGGGGGAAGACGAGCAGUUCCUGAUGAAGCUGAUCAACCGGCCAAUCCUGAUCCUGCGAGGGGAGAACGGCUUCGUGUGCCACCACAAAAGCUCCAACACGCUGGACGUCAACCGCUCCAUCUAUGACAUAUUUGCCCUGCACUUCAGUGACGGCGCAUACCACAUCAAAUCGGGCAGCGGGAAGUUCUGGUGCGUGGGCAGCAGCGGGCUGGUCUGCUCUGACGGGGACAAGCCUGAAGACUUCUUCCUAGAAUUCCUGGAGCACGGCAGGGUGGCCAUCAAGAGCAAGAGCGGCAAUUACCUGCGCGGAGACCAGGGUGGAACGCUGAAGGGAGACGCAGACAAAGUGGACGUGUCCUCGCUAUGGGAAUACUGA